UUUUCCUUUUAUCAAAAUGCUCUCUCCCCACGCAAACCACCACCUGCAUUACGUUAAAGGGCUAUGAAGCUCUUCAACAAGGAGAAAUAAUAAUAAUAAUAGAAUAGGCGGAUUUUCACAAGACCACACAAAGAAAAGACAACGUUCAUGCCGGCCAAAUGUUACAACAUUUUUCUAUUCAUUUAUUUUAGCAAUGUUUCUACAAUGUUGUCCUUCUCACCCCCUGUAUGUUCAGCUAAGAAUUUUCUGCAUUUCCAUUCGUACCGGAGAUUACUUCCGCUAGUAGAAGCACACGAUGGAGAAGAGAUUCAACAGGAACCUGUCAAACGAAAGCAGAGGAUCCUCAAAGAGCUUACAGAAGAUAAUUGCAGAGAGCAAGAGGCCUAGUACUCAUGUCCCUGACUUAACUGAUUUUAUGAAUGACAUGUUUUUCGGGACACCAAGUCCUGAUAAAAAAGCAUAUAAUCUGAAGGGAAUUAGCACGAAUUUAAUGGACGAUGAAGAUAAUUUUGACUCGAGCACAAGGAGCGUUAGCAGCAGAUUAACUCAGGAGUGGCUGCAGGAGGCUAAGCAAAUGGUGGCUUCAUCUCCUGGUCGUGGAAGUGAGUCGCCCCCAAGGAGGCUAGUGGUUUCCCCUAGGUUUGCAACAUCUCAUGCUAGAAUUGCAGAUUCUCCAACAGAAGGGAGAGAUCCCCUCUCUAGGUCUGCUAGAAGGAAUAGAUCAGUGGUGGGCUUCAGCGAAGAAAUCCUCUCAAAAACAGCAAAACACAACCGCAACAAAUCAGAGCCGUUUAAUCCUCCUUCAACUGGCACAUCUCCUGCAUCAAACGUUCAAGAUUGGUUCUCCAACAUCUUCAAACCUCCAAAUGAUGGGCCCACCGCCGGCACAACAGAGCCCACUUCUCCCAAGCCCAACAAUGAGCAGCAGCAACCCGCACUCACCCUCCCACCCCGCCAAUCAAACAGUCGCAGGACGCGAUUCCAUACAAACUCCAAUGCACCUCAACCACAGUCUAUUCAUUCUCCCAAACGAUCUUUCAAAAUUCCCGUCACCGGCUCAACGGACAGUGGAUCACACUGUUUAGACGACAAGCCACUUUCUCCACCCAAAAAUCUCGUCGAGUCUUCUCAUCGGAGGUCGAUUUCGUCGACGACAUGCUCGAUCCCCGACGAAAGAAUACUUUCGCCUCCAAGGAAUUUGGUAGAGUCGGCUCACCGGAGGACCAUUUCCGCGUCGACCUGUUCUUUCGACAAGGUUUUGCGAAAGAACAUUAAUAAUGUGGAUAGAGAUGAAGUGAAGGAGGAAGAUUUGAAGAGUCAAGAGUUGAAUCGGUUCUUAAAGGAUCAAAGAGACAAAAUUAACAGCAUUUUUAAUGGAGAGUUGAAAGGGAAAGCCAAGAUUGUGCUCUCUGGUCCUUCUAACAGUACAAGCUCAAUGGUGGCAGCAAUUUGCUAUGCUUGGUUAUUGGAAAAUAGGAUGAGGGCUAAUGAGCAAGGAGGAGGAGAAGCAGAUGCAAAUACAAUAGAGGUGGUGGUUCCUGUAAUGAAUAUGACGAGAAGAAAAAUGUUGAAGGAGAGGCAAGCUGCAUGGCUUUUUCACCUUGUUGAUAUUGAUGCCAAAUCUCUGCUCUUCUCUGAUGAGGUUGAUUUGGAAACACUACUGUUGUCUAAGCAGCUAAGCGUCCUUGUAGUUGGGGAAGACAUACUCAAAACUAAUGGAGAGGUACUUAUGGCUGUAUCAGGGUGCACCAUUCUUACUGACAAUUACUGUGAGGAUGCUUAUGAUCUACUUAAGACACCUAUCUUGAAAAAGCUUCUGUUUGCAGGCAUACUUUUAGACACACAAAACUUAAGUGCAUCUUCUAAGGUGUCGAUGACAAGAGAUGUAGAAGCAGUUCAGCUGCUUUCAGUUGGCUCCACCCCUAAUUACAGAAAUACCUUUUUUGACCAAUUGAUACAAGAUCCGAAGGACAAUAGUUUCUUUGAAGCUAUGAGGCAGAGUUAUGGAAAUUCACCCAUUGAUAGUGGCCAUAACUAUAGAGCACAACAGGUGUCAGAGAGGAAUUCCAUUCUUCAAGAAAAUACACCAAGUUCAGAUAAAAUUUCUAAAGAUGUGAAGAACGGGAAGACAAAUAGAGUGUCACCAAAGUCAGGUAAACCUAAAAUAUCACCUGUACAGGCUCCUGCAGCAUCACCAGCCGAUGCUUCUCGUGGCAAGAACAAGCCGUUCUUCUUAGCAAAGUGGUUUGGCUUUGGGAAGUGAGUUAUAAGAUCUGCUAAAAUAUGAAAUAUUUCGAUCAUCCAAUGUUCAUAUUUAGUCAGAGAACUGUCAGGCUCAUGGAAAGUGGAUUUUGGAAUUUUUUAUAAAACCUACAAAUUUAAGUAUUUAUUAUGGAUUUUAAAUGUUUGGAGAGCUUUAUUUGGUCGUUGGUCUUAUUUAAUUAAUUUUUUAUGUGUAAACUGAGUCCAAGCUGUUGCCAAAGCAAUUUCAGUAUCUAUGAUAACUACGAUGUUUUUACAUUUGAA